AUUCUCCGUUGGCUCUCCGCUGAACGCUGAACUCCGCGCUGCGCACAGCUCUCCGUCGUCCGAGCCCGACCCCGUUGUAUACUGGAAUUACCGCGAUCGAAAUUCCUAAUAUGGCCAGCGAAAAAAAACCGGCGAAGGCGCCGUCAAAAAGAGAGAAAAGCGCCGAGGAGAUACUGACCGAAUUCCAGUCGUUACGAAACGAACAGAGGAUCCUGGCGAACAAACUGUCCGAGAUGGAGAUGGAGUUGAACGAGCACAAAAUUGUUAUCGACACGUUAAAGAACGUGGAUCCCAAGAGGAAGUGCUACAGAAUGAUCGGCGGGCUUCUGUGCGAGCGCACGGUGGAAAACGUGAUGCCUGCUCUGGUGACGAACAAGGAACAGUUGAUGAAAGUGAUGGACACUUUAAACGACCAGGUGACGAAGAAGGGAAUUGAGAUAAACGAGUACAAAGAAAAGCACAACAUCAGAAUCAGGGGACAGGACGAUUUGCAGCAACAGGAAGAGGACAACAACAACAAGGAAGACAAGAGGAAGGCGAUUGUUGUGAAUCCCAUUGAGAUUUAAGCAUAAUAAAUAUAAGCGUUCUUUUUUUUUAUUUCGUAUUAAGGCAUAUCGAGUAUCGAGACGUGCCUGGAGUCCAGGUUGGAAAAGUAACUCAACUUUCGAAGUCGAGCGCACUCUUAAAUUAGCCUCCGUGUUUAUUUAUUGUGCCGUCUUGAUGUACAUGCCCGCGACGUUAACGUCAUAUUGCUAGGUAUAUUCCAUAAGUGUAUUUCGACCAAAAAAAGAAAAAGGAGUAUUCUGAGGUCUUGCAAAAAUUAGGCUCGCGUAGAUCGGCAACGAGGUCUUUCGAUUACUUGUAUCUCUGCAUCAAGAGUGAAAUAAUAAUGUAAUAUUGAUACAUUU